AUGAAAACAAAAAAGUACAUCGGCAAAUGUCAUAAUAACAAAAUAACCUAAAAAUGUUUUUAGUAAAAAACUCAAAAAAUAUUCAAUUUAUUUAUAGAAAACCGCUUAUAAAUUGUUCUUGUGGGAGUUCUAGACGCUUGAAAAGCUCGGCUGAGCCUAAAAUCAAGACCUAUUCACACACUAUUUUAUCACCCAAAACAAAUUUUCCUGCCCGGUCUAAUGUCACUAAAAAGGAUGAAAUUCAAAAGGCAGCUCAGUUUUCAGAACUUUAUAACUGGCAGAGAGAACAUCUCACCGGCCCGGAGUAUGUGUUGCACGAUGGGCCACCUUACGCCAAUGGAGACUUGCAUAUGGGACAUGCGGUCAAUAAGAUAAUCAAAGACAUAAAUAACCGCAGCCAAGUUCUCCAAGGCAAUAAGGUCCACUAUGUUCCAGGGUGGGACUGCCACGGACUACCCAUAGAGUUGAAGGCUUUACAAAAAGCCAAAAAGAAGACCAAAGACGCACCAACAGACCCUGUUAACAUCAGAAGGAUUGCUAGAGAAUUUGCUUUGGAGACGGUUGAGAAACAAAAGACAGCUUUUGAAAGCUGGGGUGUUAUGGCCGAUUGGAAUAAACAGUAUUAUUUGACGUUGAACAAUGGAUAUGUAAAGAAUCAAUUGCAACAGUUCUACAAAAUGUACAAAGACGGAUUCAUUUUCAGGACGUUGAAACCUGUUUAUUGGUCACCGUCCUCUAGAACAGCACUAGCGGAGGCGGAAUUGGAGUAUGACCUACAGUACAAAAGCACAGAAGUCUAUGUCAAAUUUCCCGUCGUUGACCUUCCUGACGUGUUCACAAAUGUAACUAAGGGCAAACCAGUAUCAGCAAUAAUCUGGACGACCACACCCUGGACCCUGGUGGCCAAUCGGGCAGUUUGUUUCAACCCACAGAUGAAGUACAGCGUAGUUACUAUAAAUACCCACCAAGGGCUGUUUCUUGUGGGUAGUGCUUUGAUUGAAGGCCUGAAGACUGUUCUAGAAGCCGAUAUCAGUAAAGUGGUGGAAUUUGAUGGUCACCUGCUGUCAAAUACGAAGUACUACAACAAACUGUUAAAAGAAACACUACCAUUCUUGGAAGCUGAACACGUAAAAGACGAUAAAGGCACUGGUUUGGUACACACUGCGCCCGCGCACGGCCCCGAAGAUUUUCUAGUGGCGCUGAAGAAUAAUAUGACUGUGGAAUGCAAUGUGGACGAAGAAGGCUGUUAUAGUAAUCUAGAUGAAGAACUCAAUGGUCUUCCAGUGCUUUCUAAAGGCCAAGAAAUAGUAAUAUCUCGACUAGGCGACUCGGUGAUUCGCCGCGGAGUGUACGUACAUUCGUACCCGCUGGACUGGCGUACUAAACAACCGGUCAUACUGAGAGCUAGCCAGCAGUGGUUCAUCGAUACUGAGAAACUGAAGGAAAAAGCUCAGGCAGCCCUAGAAAAAGUUAAGAUCCUACCGCCAUCUAGCGCCGAGCAGUCGCGACAAGGCUUCAGGGCACAAUUAGAGAAGCGGCCGUAUUGGUGCAUAUCCCGGCAGAGGGCGUGGGGGGUGCCCAUACCAGCUCUAUAUUGUGGCGAUGACGUCAUUGUGCACGAGUCUAUCAUAGAGAAGCUAUGUACCCUCAUAGAUGUAGAAGGCCCCGACUCGUGGUGGAGUUGUGAUGUGAGUCAGUUUCUGACUGACCAAGUGCUGCAGCAGUAUCAGCUGACAGGCAGGGAGGUUGUCAAAGGACGAGAUAUAAUGGACAUCUGGUUCGACUCCGGUAUAUCGUGGAGCACCCUGGGCGGGGCGAAGGCCCACCUGUACUCGGAGGGCUACGACCAGCUGACGGGAUGGUUCCAAACCUCGCUGCUCACUUCUAUAGCUUUGACUGGAGACGCGCCUUAUAGAUCAAUAUUCGUGCACGGAUUCGCCGUCGACGAUAAGAAACGCAAGAUGUCCAAAUCUAUAGGCAAUGUCAUCGACCCCACUAUCGUGAUACAAGGCGGCAGGGACAGGAACUCGCAGCCGGCGUAUGGCAUUGACACGCUGAGGUGGUGGGUGGCCAGUCACGCGACUCAGCAUUCCCAAAUAGUCAUAAGCAAGAAACUUCUAGACGAUUGCUUAAAUGAAGUUGUCAGAAUAAGGAAUAUCCUGAAAUACCUGUUAGGAGUCGUUGGAACUAUGGAGAAAGUUCAUUUCGAACGGAAACCACAAUUAAACCACUUUGAUCUUUACAUGGUACAAGAAACUCACGAUUUUGUGAAACAAAUCAAUGAACAUUAUAAUAAUUUCAGAUACAAUCUAGCAGCUCAAUCUGUUAUGUUCUUUAUAAGCAAUAAAGUAUCGAGUUUGUAUUGUCAUUGUGUAAAAGAUAGGCUUUAUUGUUCAGAAAAAUAUUCCAAUGGCAGAGUAUCAGCGCAAUUGGUGUGUCACACAAUUUUCAUCUCUUUAUGUAAAGCUUUAGGUCCUAUUCUACCGCAUUUGGUAGAAGAAGCGUGGCAACACCAUCCUCUUUUCGAAAAACCUUUUUAUUUCUCGAACGAUUUGAAAGUUUUGCCGCCAAAUCCAAUUGACAGUUCAAUCAUGAACGCCAUUUUGGACGUGAAAAAAGAUAUUUGUGUUACAGCCAAGAAUGAGAAUUUGAAGAAAUACAAAGCUAAUAUAAAACUAGAAUUGAAUUUGUAUGAUAAAUUAAAAGAUUUGAAUGCCGAAAUUGAUGUGGAUGAUAGUGUUUUGUGUGAAAUUCUUGAGUUGUCCCAUGUCAAUUUGGAGGUUAUAAAAGGCGGGGGAAAAUGGCAGAUUGAAUUGUCAGAGAGUGAUAAAGAUCAGUGUCUGAGAUGUAGAAAAUAUAAUGCAUUGGAAAACAGCGAUAAAUGUGCUAGAUGUGAAAGGGUUAUUAGCUCAUUGUAAAACGGAAAUGUUAGUCAUAUUUUGUUGAGUUCUAGUCUCAAAAUGUAAAUAGCGUUAAGUAUAUGAAUGGAAAUUAAACAUUGGUAUUAAAUGUU